AUGGACAAAUCGGAUAAUUUGCUUCAGGUACCAGCCGACACCAAUUUCAAAAAGACGCAUAAAGAUUCCUGUGAAUCCACCUCCGCAACCGUGCCGAACAUUGACCAACGCUGUAACCCAACCAGUCAGAGCGGUCAGCCCACUUCCCCGACACAUUGCAGCCAUGCAAUUUCCCAGCCAGCUACUCACUGGACAGAAGAGGGUUAUCAUCUUUCAGUUAAGAAGGGCAAAAUGGUAGCGGUAAAUCAGAGUAAAGUGAUACAACAUGCGAUAGCGUGCAGUUCAAAUCCGCAAGUAGCUCCGUUUCCAGCUCCAGCGGGCGACUGGCAGCUAUCAAACUGGGAGAAAACUUAUGAUGAAGGGAUCUACAAGUGUCAAAAUACUCAAUUAACACGGUCCCAAGGGGUCAGAAUACCACAUGAAGCUGAUCUUAAAAUAUACGACAAAGAGCCAGGAAAAACAAAGUCUCUUCAAUGGCAGCAGCAAUUCUUACAGCAUCACCAUUUACCUCGAGAACUUCAGUACCAACCAAAGUUACAAAGUUGUCCGCCAAAGAAUCACAAAAGGCAAAAAAAAGAUUACCUGCGAGAGCAUCUUAGUCACAGCGAUUUUUAUUGCAAUAUUCAGCAAAAGCCAGAUGAAUCAAUCGAAUUAUCAGCAAAUGUUCUUCCUGCUUCUUCGGCUGGUGGCGUUAAGGCUAUUGUCUAUCAGGAGAAUGGGCAGAUGAGCAACUGUAACGAGGGGAUGGAAGCUGCGGGUGAGCCUUUUGGGAAUCCUAUGGGUAAAAACAUAAUGAUAUUCUUCUAUUUGCUCUCAUCUAUUAGCUUUCUAAUGUUCAAAUAA